AUGGCAUUCGCAACAGCAGCCAUCCAAUCGUUUCUUCAACUCAAUCUCAAAAGCUCGCUGUACAGGCUGCUAACAGUCGGUCAGGUGUUUGGGCUGGUGGCAUGGGACUUAGAACCUUUGGAACCGGACCGCCCAACAACCAAGCUGCAUUGGUUCCGGAAGCUGAUUCGUACCACCAAUCAAGGUUACUGUCUUAUGAUCAUCGUUGCAAUCGGUACGGCAACAGUUCUUCAUCAUUCCUCCAACACGGCGGACGCGUUUUUCGCUAUCCGAACGCUGUACCUGACAGAGAAUGUGAUCGUGAACGUGAUCGUUCUGCUCGCGAUGCUCGAAUGUCAGCAGAGUCGCCCAUUUUACGCCUCCAUUCUUAAGGAGCUUUUUGAGCUUGACAAGAAUUUGCACGACUGUGAUGCGUCGAUCACUUUUCUCCAUGUAGAAGCGAUCACCGAUCGGCUGCUAGUCUGUGCCGUGCUGUACUUUUCCACCUCCUCGCUGGUGGACUGGUGGGCCGAUUAUGACCCUUCGUGCACCUUCCUGUGCCACAGCGUGCUGUACAUUCUGCCGAACGUAAUCAACGUGCUGGCGCUCUACCAGUACGCCGCGCUGCAGCUGAUCGUUGCCGCCUGCUAUCGAUCGGUUAACAGCGUGCUCGCCAGAUACCACGAUCAUCAAGCCCGCCCAAAAGUGCGCGAUUGUGCCGAGCUGAUCGAGACACUGCGAAGGACACACCUGAAGCUGGGCGAUCUAACCGGUCGGGUAGUGGGACGGUUUGGGCCACUCAUCGUCUGCACCGUGCUGUCCUCGUUCGUCGUACUUAACCUGGAGCUGUUUAACGUGUACAAGGCUACUGGCAGGGGCAGCAAACGGGUUUGGAGUGCGAGUGAAGGGUUCCGGCUGGUGCACACGCUGCUCUGGAUAGGGCUGCACGGUGCCAAGAUACUGCUCAUUCUCUACCCAGGCCACCGGGCACGGGUGGAGUGUGAACGGACCGGACCGACACUGUACGAGAUCGCGAACCGGUACGAAGCGGCCGGAAGGAGCAACAGUGCGCUGAUGAAGUUCGCUGGCCAACUGCUGCUGCUACACGGCAAACGGCACCACUGUAAGGCAUGCGGGCUGAUAACGCUUGACUUAACACUCAUUAGCAAGAUAGUAGCCGGACUUACCACGUAUUUGAUGAUUCUGAUCCAGUUUGAUUCAGCCUUUACCCAAGGUUCGCGCUGA